UGAGGCCUAACAAUCAUGUUGACUGCAUCACUGCAAAGCUUUAUUUACAAAACCUUUUGUUGACACCAUUCAGUGUCACACCUUAAAGUACAAACUACCUCUCUCCAACAAUAUUCCAUGUUCAACUUUUUUCCCUUGAUGUCUCAUGGUCCUCCAUAUCCAGACUAUUCCUGGGAUUUUACUAAAUUAAACUAACUGCCUCACAACAUUCAAACUGUUGAACAUGAAUACAACUGUUGCAUAAGCACGCUGCACACUAUCAGUCUUCAUAUCCAGUAAUAAAUCAGACCUUUGGAAUGAGACACAUCUCUGUGUUACACGUGAAACAACAGCAUUUCACAGACAAGUUGUGACAGAGCUCCACCCCUCACCUAACACAAAUUUGCAUUUCCUAGGAUGGCUAAGGCAUGUCCCGCCCCACUCUGCCUUACUCUGCCUUUGACUGGCUUACCCUUACCCUAACCUUAACCAAUCACACUCUUCAUGUUAAAACCUAACCAAUCCAACCAAUUAAGGCAAUGAAUAAUAGACAAUCAGAGGAGGAGUAGGGCGGGUCAUGCCUUCACUAUCCUAGGAAACCCGAGACUAACCAGGAAACAGUUUGUUUUUGGUCCUCACUACAGAGAGACGCACAGACUGAAAAGGAUCAGAUUCAGCUUCAGAUCAAACUAACAACUUCCUCUGAGUGAGUUCAGCUACAGGAGAGAAAAGUGGAAAACUACAACCCUGCUGCUUCAACCUGCUGACACUCCACACACUGAAGCUUCACUCAGAGACUAAAUGGCUUCCAGAUCAGAGGAGGAUCUCUGCUGUCCGGUCUGUCAUGAUGUCUUUAGAAAUCCUGUUCUUCUGUCAUGUAGCCACAGCUUCUGUAAAGACUGUCUGCAGAGCUGGUGGACAGAGAAACCAACACAGGUGUGUCCAGUUUGUAAGAAAAGAUCUUUGUAUGAACCACCUUGUAACCUGGUGUUGAAGAACCUGUGUGAGGCCUUCUUACUGGAGAGAGAUCAGAGAGCUUCAGAGGCUCUCUGCAGUCUGCACUCUGAGAAACUCAAACUCUUCUGUCUGGACCAUCAGCAGCCAGUGUGUGUCGUCUGUCUGCAUUCAGAAACACACUCCAACCACAGAAUCAGACCCAUCAAUGAAGCUGCACGACAACCCAGGAAGGAGCUUCAGGAAACUCUGGAGCCCUUAAAGGAGAAGAUAAAGGGUUUAGAACAAGUUAAAGUGAAGUUUGAUCAGACAGCAAAACACAUAAAGCUCCAGGCGCGACGCACAGAGACGCAGAUUAAGGAUCAGUUUAAGAAGCUUCACCAGUUUCUAGAAGAGGAAGAGGUGGUCAGGUUGGCUGCACUGAGGGAGGAAGAGGAGCAGAAGAGUCAGAGGAUGAAGGAGAAGAUGGAGGCUCUGAGCAGAGAGAUAGCAGCUCUUUCAGACACAGUCAGAGCCACAGAGGAGGAGCUGAGAGCUGAAGACGUCUCAUUCCUGAUCAACUACAAGGCUGCAGUGGAAAGAGUCCAGCAGCACCCCCUGCUGGAUGAUCCACCGCUGCUCUCAGGAGCUCUGAUAGACCAGGCCAAACACCUGGGCAACCUGAGCUUCAACAUCUGGAACAAGAUGAAGGACAUUAUCUCCUACACUCCUGUGAUUCUGGACCCAAACACUGCUCAUCCAUAUCUCAUCCUGUCUCAAGAUCUGACCAGUGUGAGACGAGUAAGGAGACAGCAGCUUCCUGAUAAUCCAGAGAGGUUUGAUAGAUACCGCUCUGUCCUGGGCUCUGAGGGCUUUAACUCAGGGACUCACAGCUGGGAUGUCGAGGUUGGAGACAGUACAUUCUGGUCACUGGGUGUGUUAGCAGAGUCUGUCCAGAGGAAGGGAGACAUAGAGUCUGGAUUAUGGAGAAUAUUGUUCUGUGAAGAUGAAUAUGUAGCAUGGUCCCCACCAGAUCCAGACACUGUUCUCGUAGUGCAGAAGAAGGUCCAGAGAAUCAGAGUGACUCUGGACUGGAACAGAGGAGAGCUGUUGUUCUCGGAUCUUGAUACUAACACACACAUACACACCUUCAAACACACUUUCACUGAGAGGAUGUUUCCAUAUAUUGGCACUGAUUAUAAAGUGAAGAUAUCACCAUUAAGGGUAUGUGUGACAGUGGAACAAAGCAGUUACAUGGUUUUCCCUAGGUUUUUAAGAGCCCCUUUAUGCAACUGACGUCAUACACUUCUUAACGUCUUAAUCUGAACCUGUCAUCCUAAUGUCUCAUUAAUACAAAGAUAUGUUUAAUUUUCUUUCACUUACUGAUUUUGUUUAAUUUUUGUUGUUUUCUUUGACAGUCUGCAUAUUCACAUCACAUUCAUUUAUCUGACAUGUUUACAAUACUGUACAACCCAAAAAUUGCAAGAAUCCUGCAUAAAUAUUAUCUUCAUCAAAUAUGCUGAACUGCUUCAAGUGCUGCAUUCAAAGGCAAUAAAAGAUGAAAAAAAGU